UAUUAACACACACAUAUGCGUAGUACUGCAGACUGUACAACAUUGCUACUCCUUGAAUUGCUUUCAUUGUUCUUGUUCUUGAUACACAGAAAGGGGGAAUUUUUUGGCAUGGAUCAUGCAGCUGAAGCUCAAAGAACAGACCUAAUGACGAUUACUCGUCACGUUCUUAAUGAGCAGUCCAAGCACCCGGAAGCUCAUGGCGACUUCACCAUCUUGCUCAAUCAUAUUGUCCUCGGCUGCAAAUUCGUCUGCAACGCCGUUCAGAAGGCAGGUCUAGCAAAACUCCUUGGACUUGCUGGAGUGACAAAUGUUCAGGGUGAAGCACAAAAGAAACUGGAUGUACUUUCCAAUGAAGUUUUUGUCAAGGCUUUGAUAAGCAGUGGACGAACAUGUGUUCUUGCAUCUGAAGAGAACGAAGACGCUAUAGUUGUGGAUCCACCGAAGCGAGGAAGAUACUGUGUGGUUUUUGAUCCACUGGACGGGUCCUCAAACAUUGACUGCGGCAUUUCAGUAGGGACUAUAUUUGGUAUUUACAUGGCGAAAGAUAAGGAGAAUCCAACUCUUGAUGAUGUAUUGCAAUCUGGGAAGAAUAUGUUGGCAGCAGGUUACUGCAUAUAUGGAAGCUCUUGCAUGUUAGUCCUUAGCACUGGAAAUGGUGUCAAUGGCUUCACGCUCGAUCCAUCUAUUGGGGAGUUCAUCUUAACGCACCCAGACAUUAAGGUUCCAAGUAAAGGAAAGAUCUAUUCAAUAAAUGAAGGAAAUGCCAAAUAUUGGGAUGAACCAACUGCAAAGUAUGUUGAAAGCUGCAAGUUUCCUAAGGAUGGUUCUUUGCCAAAGUCCCUUAGAUACAUCGGGAGUAUGGUGGCAGAUGUUCAUCGAACAUUGCUCUACGGAGGAAUCUUUUUAUACCCUGCUGAUAAGAAAAGCCCAAAUGGGAAACUACGUGUUCUUUAUGAGGUGCUUCCGAUGUCUUACUUGAUGGAGCAAGCAGGCGGUCAAGCCUUUACUGGCAAGCAAUGCGCACUCGAGUUGCUUCCCACUAUGAUACAUGACCGGUCCCCUAUAUUUCUCGGCAGCUAUGAUGACAUCGAGGAAAUUAAAGCACUCUAUGCUGCCACGUACUGAAGAAACAAAAGCGCAUAACGCUCAAGAUUGAAAGAAAGUAAAUUCUUCGAAUACUCUGCGAAGUAAUCUCGAGAUUUUAGGCUUGUGAUCUCCCAAACCUGAAGGAUUACAACUCCAAUGUUACAAAAGAUACAAUUGAUCAUGAUCCAACUUUCUCCAUUGUCACUAUCUUACCAAAAGAUUCAAAGCUUACAGCUUUGCAUGAUUUGAUGCCAAAGCUGUUGCCUGAUUAGGUAAAUGCAUAUCCAGUUUAGCCAAUCGCCUCAACACUACCUUGUUUAUGGUUUUGGUUACUUUUUAGGGGUAGGCCAGGGUUGCAUUACUGGUGUUAUAGUAUUUGAUUAAUAGAGAUCUCACAUGUGAUCUGAUACCUUCUAAACAGCUAUAAGUCCAUUAGUUUUAGAUUUUGAAGUCUUGUUCCUUUUAGAAUUAGAUUUUGUUGCAGAGAGUUACAUGUAUGUGCAGGGGUGAAACCGGCGCUAGAGAUCUAGUUCUCCGAACUUGGUCUAUUCUCCCCUC